UUAGUGGAAUGCAAGGCGGAAUGCGGAAGAUAACGGGCUUUCGCGACACCAAAUUAGUGAAGUAUUCCAAGUGCUCGAAAAGUUCGCAGCAUGAUGAUGAUCUUGAUGACGUCACGGUUGUCAACAGUGCUGCUCCAGAGAAUGUGAAAUAUGGAACAGCUGGGUGUGUUACCGCGAAUGGGCCGCGCGUCGUACCUGGCAUCAUCACGUCCAGUGGUGGCGAGAUGUCCUGUAUGGUCAGCAGCGAACGCCGUAGCGUGGCUGGUCCGACGACUCUACCGUAUAGUGGAGGGACUCCGGCCACUCCUUCAGGAACUAGUGACAAACAGGCUUUCGAUUCCAGGUCAUCCUUAAUUGACACCGUGACCCGCAGAGUAACAUCAUCGGAGCCUUACGCCUUUGUAAACAAAGCCCAUGUGGGAUCAGACCUUGAGAUCCCCAGGAAGACCAGAGAACUGAGACGGCGUGAAAUUAAGAAAGAUUUGGAAAAAUGGGAAACUAGUACUUCUGGCAGUGACCGUGCCAUGUGCAAGUGGACUUUCGUCUUUGAUCCAUCAGGUCGUCUCUGUUAUUACUGGUCUGUUGUGGUCAGCGUUGCCUUUCUGUACAACUUCUGGGUCAUCAUCUACAGAUUUGCCUUUCAAGAGAUCACUGUGGAUACAUUGCACGCAUGGUUUACAUUAGAUUAUCUAGCUGAUCUUAUUUACAUAUUAGACAUUGCUGUUCAUUUUAGGACAGGCUACUUAGAAGAAGGGGUUUUACAAACUGAUUCCCUCAAGUUGAGGCAACAUUACAUAAAUUCUACAAUGUUCUAUAUUGAUUGCUUGUGUCUUUUGCCAUUGGAUUGCCUAUAUCUAUCUAUAGGUUUCAACUCGAUUCUUCGCUGCUUCAGACUUGUUAAGAUCUACAGAUUCUGGGCGUUUUUAGACAGAACAGAGAGACACACAAAUUAUCCCAAUGUGUUUCGAGCACUGUCUCUUACGCAUUAUGUACUGGUGAUAUUUCAUUGGAAUGCUUGCUUAUUUCACAUCGUUUCCAAAAAUGGAGGUUUCGGAUCUCGUGACUGGUUUAGCCCAAGAGAUGCUCGUUGCAGCGAUGUUUUGUGCGAAUAUUUACACGGUUUCUAUUGGAGUACUCUCGCGCUGACCACUAUUGGGGACUUACCUCGUCCCCGAACUAGAGGAGAAUACCUGUUCCUAGUGCUGGAGCUUGUCAGUGGCUUAUUCCUUUUUUCGGCGGUUUUAGGACACGUAGCUAAUAUAGUAACUAACGUCAGUGCAGCAAGAAAAGAAUUCCAAGGUAAGAAUGUUUUCAUUAUAUUUCAUAGGUCGCAUAAUGCAUGUAUUAAUACCAUAAACAGCAAAACUGUCAUGCAAGCUUCUUUCUCAGAAUUUAUGCUUGAAUAA